AUGUCGCAACUUGAAAAGGCGGGCGUCAAGAAGCCGGGCAUCGAGCUCUACUCGGGCGAAUACUAUGCCGCCUGCACAUUCGGAGGUCUCCUAGCCUGUGGCCUCACCCACACGGCCGUGACACCCCUCGACCUCGUCAAGACGCGCCGACAGGUGGACCCCAAGCUAUACACCGGCAACUUCCAGGCAUGGGGCAAGGUGUACCGCGGGGAGGGGCUGCGCGGCAUCUUCACGGGCUGGAGCCCUACGCUGUUCGGCUACUCGGCGCAGGGCGCCUUCAAGUACGGAUGGUACGAGUACUUCAAGAAGACGUACUCGGACGCGGCCGGGCCCGAGGCGGCGGCCAAGUACAAGACGGGCCUGUACCUGGCGGCGUCGGCGUCGGCCGAGUUCCUGGCCGACAUCGCCCUGUGCCCGUUCGAGGCCGUCAAGGUCCGAUCGCAGGGGAGCAUCCCCAGCCCCUACCGCGGCACCCUGGACGGCAUCCGGUCCAUCGUCGCCGCCGAGGGUUGGGGGGGCCUGUACAAGGGCAUCGCGCCGCUGUGGGGCCGCCAGAUCCCCUACACCAUGAUGAAGUUCGCCUCGUUCGAGACCAUCGUCGAGAACAUCUACGCCCGCCUCCCCGGAUCCAAGGACGACUACUCCAAGCUGCAGCAGACGGGCGUCUCCUUCACGGGCGGCUACCUCGCCGGCAUCCUGUGCGCCGUCGUCUCGCACCCCGCCGACGUCAUGGUCAGCAAGCUCAACUCUAACCGCGGCGCCGGGGAGUCGUUUGGCGGCGCCGUCGGGAGGAUAUACAAGGAUAUCGGGUUCGGUGGACUGUGGAACGGUCUGCCCGUCCGUAUCGUCAUGAUCGGUACCCUUACUGGUCUGCAGUGGAUGAUUUACGACUACUUCAAGAUCUUCAUGGGCUUCCCUACCACUGGUGGUGCUCCCCCGGCAGAGGAGAAGAAAUAG